AAGUAGACCACCCAAUCGGGCUAUUCAGCCACACGGGGGCGUUACGCGUUCUUGGUUUAUUCAUCACUUCUUUGGGAAGAUAUAAAGACACUUUGGCACUUCCUUCCCACCCCUUUCCCCUUACCCCUGUUUCUGUUACUCUUGGAAGUUUCUCCGAUCAACUCUGUACACUCCUUUAGACCCAACUGUCACCAAACCAGAACUUCUCCGACUUGACUCUUGCAUACUGUCUACUGUCUAUUCGAAACACUCUCGACAUACACAUCGCAGACCACAAGCAAAGAUUGGAACGAACGAAGAAGGAAAACAAGGAACACAUCAAAGCACCUAUUCAGCAAUCGAGAUAUUGAAUAAGCAUCGAAUGAGAACUCGACCUCGACGAUGAGGUUCACAGUCAACAACAACAACAACGCCCUAGUUCUUGUGGCCGCUAGCAUCGUCAUCAGCAGCAUCACAGGAACAGGAAGAGUAUCAGCCCACCCUGCCGACGAUAAACUCGUCCAGAGCAUAGUGGCGAGCCACAUCCUGGAAGGGAGAGUUGAUACGGAGAGUAAAUGUGGUUACUUCGCCGACCCCCACAACUGCGUCCCCGGCAUCUGCCGGUGCCAAGACGACCGGUACUACGCGCUCAACCGGGACAACUUGAAGGCUGGUAAGCACGGGUGCGACCCGCCCUGGGACAGGUACCCUGGGGGACCGUGCUCGCUGAUUGCGUCGUGUUGCCCGGUGAAGACGAAAUUUGGGAACUACGAUGAUAAUCCUGUUUUGACAUGAGGCGGGGGGGAGAAGGAGAAAAAAAAAAGGGGAUGAGAAUAAUGGGGAAAGGGCGGAGGAGGCUGAAGCAAGGAAAAGAACGGAAAGGGAAGAAGAGAGGGAGGAAGAAGAGUGGAGGAGAUACCCCAUUGUGAGAAGGACCGGAGAUUGAGAGAUGAGGAGAGAGAGGCCUUCCCUUGAGCUGGUUAUUUGCAAUGGAACCCAGAUAUCCUCGGCUGUUCCUCAAAUUCGCUGUACGUAUUUCUUCGGAUUUUGCUGUUUUCUUUUCGCUGUUACAUUACUUUUUUCUUUCUAUUCUUGCGCCGGGCCUAUCCUCGGCGCACAUUAGUUUUUCUCUUCUAAUUAGAGCACUUUUAUAAGCCACCCAACUGACCCAACUCACCCACCUUAUACUCUCCAAACCUAACCCCUCAGACCUAAUCAAAUACACUCCUCUUCUGUUCUGCAACAACCUCAUCAUAAACCCCCGUAUCCCAAACAACCAAC